UCUCGUCGUAAACGUAGACGUUGUCGGUGAUUUUUAGUAUUGGCAGUCCCUCCGUAGAACGAACUUCGUAAGAUCGGCUAAUUUAUUGAGACGAUCUUUUCUCGAAUUAUUAUAUUUUUUUUUUUUUUAAAAUCCCGAACAACAACCACAACAACGACUCGCAUUAUUCUACUUCGCGUUCUUAAUUAAUUUCUUUUUUUUUGGUUUCGAUAUCGUUUAACAUAUUCCAAGUGUUUUAUCCCUUUUUUUAUUUUCGUCCUUAUUAUUUACUCGAGAAAUUAAAUUUAAUUUUUGUUCAUAUUUCAAAUCAAAAUCAUCGGAUUAUCGGUGAAUAAUCGACGACGGUGAAGAUAAUUCGAAAACGGGGAAAAAUCUCUAAACAAAUAUAAGAGGAUUAAAGUAACCAAAAUAAUACAACAACAAGAACAAGAACAACCUAAAAGUGUGAAUAGUAGAUAUUCAUUUAUUAUUCGUCUAAUAUAAAAGGGUGAAAAGAAAAAAUACGGAGAUAAUUAAAAAGAAAGAAAGAAAGAAAGAAAGAAAAAAAAGGAUAAAGAGAAAAACAAUAACGGGAAAUAAUUAUAACGCGAGAUUAUUAUCGUUAGGAUGGAUGUGACGGAUGAUCGUUACGAUUCCGUCGCAACCGAUUACGAGGAGGAUAGCAAAUUAACCGUGGAAAAUAAUAAUAAUAAUAAUAUUAAGAACGAGGAUGACAAUUCGUCGCCCACGGUCGAGGAGACCUACGAGGUCACAACUACAAAACGUAAGACCGUUCGCACCAGCUAUAAAAUCCAAGAAACUUCUGCGUCAACCAAAACAACCACCAUGACAACAGCCGCUAAGCUAUAUGGCAAGGAUUUAAGCGAAUAUGAAGAUGUCGAUGUCGAUGAAUUGCUGGCGCAGUUAACACCUGAAGAAAUUAAUAUACUUGCCAAGGAAGUCGAUCCAGAUGACAGUUUUAUGCCUCCAUCACAGCGUUGCAGCUAUGAGUGCGACAAGAGCCCGACGGGUCCUCUUAACCGAAAGAAACUCAUCGAACACAUUAACAAACAAGCUUUGGAAACACCGGAUAGACCAGAAUUAAAACCCUAUGUACCUGGAGUUAUUAGAGGAAAAAAAUGGAUCCCACCUGCUCAGGACAGCGCGAAAGAAAAAGAAGUGGAUGAGCAAAUUGCGAUAGAUCUUGGCGAAGAAUACGAACAAGCAUUGUCAAAUGCGUCUCAAGAAGAAAUUAUUGAUCUUGCAGCCAUUCUUGGGUUCCACUCUAUGAUGAACCAGGAUCAAUAUCACGCAUCUUUAUUAAAUUCUGGACAGCCUGUUGGAUUGGGAUGGGAUGGAGUGACAAAAGCUAGUCAACCAAAACCUUACCCAAUGGAACCGCCUAAUGAUACGGACGUUGAUGCAACUAUCAAACAAGUUAGAGAUGACGAUCCUAAGCUAACCGAAUUAAACUGGAAUAAUAUUAAAAAUAUCUCGGACGAGAAAUUUAUCCAGUUGUUCGAAGGAUUAGAAGGAAAUACCCAUCUCGAGUCUUUGAGUUUAACAAAUGUUGGACUUAACGACAAAACGGCCCAAAGGUUGGCAGAUGCCAUGGAGAAAAACUCUACGCUUAGAGUAUUAAACGUGGAGACAAAUUUCAUAAGCCCACUUGUGAUAGUUAGGCUCAUUAGAGCCCUUUUAAAAACCAAAUCGAUCGAAGAAUUUCGAUGUUCUAAUCAGAGAUCACAAGUUUUGGGUAACAAAAUUGAAAUGGAAAUCACACAAUUGGUCGAACAAAAUCCAACGUUAUUACGACUCGGACUUCAUUUCGAGUUCAACGAUGCCAGACAUCGCGUGGCUGCACAUUUACAACGUAACAUCGAUAGGAUCUGUCGUGUGGAACCUAUGGAACGCGCAAAGGUCGUAGCAAUCGGUGUGGGUCGUGACACGUUCACCGUUCUUCAUUUAGAUGAUCGAAAAAAUCGAGCCUAGCGCGCUGAACACGGCGCAUACGGCAGUCCCGGCUCGGGGUGGCGACAUCUUAACGCGAGUGGCGUUCGCCUAG